AUGUUAAGAGAAUAUAAAUUAGUCGUCGUUGGUGGUGGUGGUGUUGGUAAAUCUGCAUUAACCAUUCAAUUAAUCCAAUCCCAUUUUGUUGAUGAGUAUGAUCCAACCAUUGAAGAUUCUUAUAGAAAACAAUGUAAUAUCGACAACGAACAAGUUUUGUUGGAUAUUUUGGAUACUGCUGGUCAAGAAGAAUAUUCUGCCAUGAGAGAACAAUAUAUGAGAACUGGUGAAGGGUUCUUGUUGGUUUAUUCCAUAAAUUCAUUGAACUCAUUCCAAGAAUUGAAUUCAUUUUAUGAUCAAAUCUUAAGAGUCAAAGAUUCAGAUAAUGUGCCAGUAUUGGUUGUUGGUAAUAAAUGUGAUUUAGAAAUGGAAAGACAAGUCAGUUAUGAAGAUGGUUUGGCAUUGGCCAAUUCUUUCAAUUGCCCAUUUUUGGAAACUUCUGCCAAACAAAGAAUUAAUGUUGAAGAAGCCUUUUAUGGAUUGGUUAGACAUAUCAAUAAAAUUGAUGCCGAGCAAGAGGCUUCUAAACAACAAGGUGAUCAAAAUCAACAACAAAACCAGCAAUCACAUCUUGGUGGUGUAACGAAUAAUGGUACUGCUUUGAAUAAUAACCAAAAUCAACAAAACCUAGCAUCACAACAACAAGCUCAACAACAAUCCUCGGCUCAAAAUCAACAAGAUGGAAUAAUAGACCAAAAUGAAUCUGGAAUUGCUGCUGGUCAAGCAACCCUGAAAAAUCAAGCUCAAAGAAAACAACAACUGCAAUCUCAACAAGCUAAUUCUGAAUCAAAAUCUAAAGGUGGAUGUUGUGUCAUUGUUUAA